AUGUCGACUCACGCUCACUCCGAGUCCACCGCCACUGUCUACUCUCAGAUGGCUCGCGCGGCGAGUAUGUUUUCUGUUACCCUAACCUCCUUCACGGGCGGGUCUGCCCUCGCGACCCGCUGGAUGGAGGCUGGCUUCGAGCGCCCGUCCCCCGGCUCUCCUCAGGUGGUGAAGGGGUGCACACGUCUGGAAGCGGAGGUUUCCCUACUUCGCAAACGUCUCAACUCUGAGAUGACCCUGUUGCCCAUCGUCAAGUCCACCGACGGCGGAGGCCUCACCUGCGCAUUCAUGUUCCCAGCCGCUCGAGGCUCCCCGCCCCAGUCGCCAUCCGCCUGUCCGACCCCAGUGGCUGUCAGCCACGAUGUCCCAGAAGUCGACGUCGCCGAAGCCAUAGACCGCGCUCGUACCGAGACUCCUCAGGAAGUAGACGAUCCUGAGGAUGUUGAGGAGGCGCGUGUCCCCGGCUUCGUUUCCGACGUCAAGCACUCGCACGUCAUUGCGAGUCCUUCUGAAGAUAUCACAGUACCAGGGGAGGUGGAUUCCAACAACGACUGGUUUCCCUCGCACAUCUCGGUCCUCUCGGAGGGAGGUCGCUCGUCGGACCAUGGAUGGGCUGUGGGAGAAGGCGUUGAAGAGGUCUCUAUACCUGAUCAUCAUGUGUUUGACAAGAUAGAAGAAGGCGAGCAAGUCGACGUGCUCGAAGGCGAAGAUAGUCAACCCGGAGAACAAGCAGUCGAGGACGAAGAGUUAGCCUCGUCCAUAGGGGCUCUGGUCAAUUGGUCCCACAGAGCUCCUCCUCCUGGUAGCGUGCCAGCCCUCGAGGUGACGGACGGUUUCUACAACUCUACUGCCUGCGACUCUCUUGUGUACUCCUCUGUCAAUCUUCGGUCUCCGAUCGGGUCUCCUCAGUCUACUCCAAGGUAUCUCGAUGACUCUCCUCAGCAUCUUUCUGCGGCCGUCUCAACUCGACGUCCGCCCGAUGUUCAAGUAUCCUCAAGCUCGGAUCUGUCGUCCCUCCCAGGUGCAUGGCAAUGGUCAACUUCUUGCCAAGCAUCCGCGACGCACUCUGACGGUCCCUCGGCGAUACUCGACGACCUCAUCUCUCUCCUCUUAGACGUUUUCCUUUUCUCUGUGUUUCUUCUGCUUUCUCUCGGUCUGUUGCUUCUACUCUGGGCGCUCUCUGGGUCGACGAUACAGCCUCCUCUUGCGACGACGACAUCGACAUCUGGCUGGCUUUGCGCUCCCGACGACUCGCCCACUGUUCUCUGCCAGCGCUCAAACUCGGCUGCAAUGACCCCCUUUCUCGCCUACCUUGCCAAGUCGGAGGUGUUUCGAGGCCGGCUCUGGAUCCCUGAGGCGGAUCCACCGCCGUUCAACGACUGCUACCGACCACGGCUCGUCGCUGUCCCGGCCGCCGUUCACGCGCACGACAACUCAGUACCGACGACCCUGUCUCAUCAUUCUCUUUGUCAAGUAUGCUCAACGCACAACGCUUCCUGGAACGCUACGCCUAAGCGUCGCCAGGUUGCCCACGUACGUUCCGCAUCAUCCCCAAACUCCGUCGCCAAUCCGACAUCUCGGCCGUCUUCGCAACUUGUCACUGCGUUCACGACCGGCGAUCCUCGGUAUUAA